UAUAAGCGAUCCUAAAGUAUAGAUAUAAAUAACAUACGCAUUCCCCAGACUUCCGUUUCUUGAUUCAACCGGCUGGGCCAAAAACGCAACUGGGUGAGAGUUAAAUAGGAGUCAGUAGUGGUUUUUGAGGAAUCGAGCAAUCUGUUAGUGUCAAUUGAAGAAUUGAGGCAGAUUUGACCCAAUUAAAACGUAGCCGUUUCUGAGUGCCUCAAGUUAGAGCUACAUAAAAAUGGCGGUACUAUCGUGCUCAACAACACAUUCUUCAAUAAGAUCGGCGUUACAUUCUUCUGUUGUCACUAUAACUUCGGCCUCUUGUAACUGCCUCAAUAUCAAUUUCAUUCAAAUGAAUAGUCAUUCUAUCUUAAGCAAAAAAACUUGUAGGAUAUAUGCAGUUGGGGGCAAUUCGCACCCAAAAGUUUGCGCAAUUGAUCCACAUCGAACUUCUUCCACUACCCACCUAGGAAAUUGGGAAGAUCCCGAUGGUAGUGAUAGUGAAACGGACGAGGAGGAGGAGGAGACAGAAGAAAACAAUCUCGACUUUGAAAGCGACUGGGAGGAAGAAAGAGAUACUUCAGACGCCCCAGUUAAUAUGGAGAAAUUGUCCACAAGCCAGAUUGAUUGCAAAGAGGUUGAAGAACUUUUAACACCAGAAGAAAGAGCAAUCUUGCAACAGAACGAAACUCCCAAUCUCGACAAAAUAUCAACUGAGAAGUGGAAUCCUUUGCAUACAUUGGCAUUGGCAGGGCAGAUAAAGUUCAUGGACAGCCUUCUAGGAAAUGGAUUUGAUAUUGAUGCAGUUGAUAAGGAUGGCCAGACCGCUCUUCACAAAGCAGUUUUAGGUAAAAAGGAGGCAGUCAUUAGUCAUCUGUUAAGAAAAGGUGCAAGUCCUCAUGUUCGAGAUCUGGAUGGUGCUACUCCACUUCAUUAUGCAGUUCAAGUGAGUGCCAUGCAAACUGUGAAGUUGCUGAUUAAAUGCAAGGUUGAUGUGAACGUUGCUGAUAAUGAAGGAUGGACUCCGUUGCAUGUAGCUAUGCAAAGUAGAAGCAGAGACAUAGCAAAAGUUCUACUUGUGAAUGGAGCCGACAAGACAAGAAGAACCGAGGAUGGGAAAACACCCCUUGAUGUAGGUUUAUGUUAUGGGAAAGAAUUCAAAUCCUAUGAUCUUGCUAAACUACUGAAGCUUGUACCAGCAAACAGAUUGUAGAUAUACAGCUUAUGGUGCACCCGCUGGUGGAACAUAAUGGCGACAGCAGGGCCCAUGACCCUCGUUUUUAAUGUUGAAAGUGAAAGAUAUCGAAGGCGAUGUCAUGUUUCAUUUAUGGUUCUCGAGUCGAAUGACAAAUGGAGGCUUGGGUCGUUGGUAAUUCAUGUCGUGUUAAUGUCUUGUUGUUUUAGUAUUCGAUCCAUAUGAUGUUUGAGAGAAAUCGUCUCAAAUUAGUAUGUUUUAGACGUUGUUUUCGUUUUUAUUGGGUUGGGUUGAGAUGUACCAGUUGAAACUUUGGUACAUCAUUUUACAAUCUAA